ACUUUACUAGUGACAGCUGUCAUUGUAGUAAAAAUAUGUGCGAUAAACGCGUUUUGGAGUUAACACUCUGUUUGAACAACGAUAAAUAUCAUCAUAAAUGAUAAAAGGUCGUCAGAGACGGUCCACUAUCCAAGGUCGUAGGACUGUUUUUAUAUUUUGGCGAAAUAACUUUCACUUCUAUAUUUUGUGAUGUAAACAGUGCUGAAGUAAUUUAAAAAUAUAACUCUGUAAAAUGUCGCUUAAAACUAUAUUACUCAGAACAAUAAACCAAAGAAAUAAAUUUGUGUAUCUGUCUGCAACAGCAGUGAAACUCACACAGGAACAAAAUCAACAGCAAGGGAAAGAUAGAGGGCAUCAUAGAAAUAGCAGAAAUAUUGCUUCAGGGUUCAUAGGAGCAGUUAUACUUAAAUCUCUCAUAUCAGAAAAAGCCGAAGAUGAAAAGGAAUGCAAAUCAUUUGAAGCUGGGCAGAAGCGUGAUGACCUGCCAACUUACAGGGCAGAAGAAGUCUUCAAACAUGACAGCAAGGAAAGCUUCUGGGUGAUAUACAAGAACGGCGUUUAUGAUGUGACGUCAUUCCUCCCGAGCCACCCUGGAGGAGACCAGAUCCUAAAUGCAGGGGGUCUCAGCAUCGAACCCUUCUGGAAUGUAUAUGGAAUGCACAAAACUUAUGAAAUAUACAAACUGCUUGAGAGUUAUAGAAUAGGUAACUUACACGAAGAUGACAUAGUGGAUCACGCUGACGAAGAGCUCUGGGUGAAGGAGCCGUUCAGAGACAAGCGGCUGAUCGUGAAGACGAGCAAGCCUUUCAACGCUGAGAUACCGGCUAAGAUGCAAAUCGCUCACUUCGAUACACCCAACGAAUUAUUUUACGUGCGUCAACACAUGCCUGUUCCAGACUUGGACGCGGAACAACAUCGCCUGCAAAUCAUCAUUAAGAACGGCAGCACUCGGACCUUGGACUUCAGUCUGCAGCAGCUGCAGAUGUUCCCGAAGGCAUCCGUUAGGGCCGCGCUCAUGUGUGCCGGGAACAGAAGGAGCGAGAUGAACGAGCAGGUGAAGCAAGUGAGAGGCAUCAGCUGGCAGGGCGGCGCCAUCAGCAACGCGCUGUGGGAGGGAGUCCUGCUGCGGGACGUGCUGCUGUACUGCGGCGUGGACCCGCAGGAUACUGAAGGGAAACACGUCAUUCUGACGGGGUCGGACACGGACGCGACGGGCGUGCAGUUCUCGACGUCGAUCCCGCUGUGGCUGGCGCUGAACCCCAACGGGCGCGUGCUGCUGGCCACGCACAUGAACGGCGCGCCGCUGCCGCCCGACCACGGCCGCCCGCUGCGGGCGCUCGUGCCCGGCGCGCCCGCCGUCCGGAGCGUCAAGUGGCUCGAAUCCAUAACGAUUUCGGAAGACGAGAGUCCUUCUCACUGGCACCAGAAGGACUACCGUUCGUUCAACGCGUCUAAGACGUGGGAGACGGCGGACUUCGCCAGCGCCCCGCCCAUAUACAGCCUGCCCGUCACGUCCGCCAUCUGCGACCCCGCUAACGGAGACACCGUCAAGGUGGAAGACGGAUGCAUUGAAGUCAGAGGCUACGCGUACUCCGGCGGCGGCGCGCAGAUCGUGCGCGUGGACGUGUCGGCGGACGGCGGGCGCUCGUGGCAGCAGGCCGAGCGCCUGCAGGCCGACGCCGCGCCGCCGCACCAGCACUACGCCUGGACGCUCUGGACCGCGCGCGUGCCCGUCGCGCUCGGCCAGCCCGAGGUGGAGUUAUGGGCAAAGGCCACGGACAGCAAUUUCAACACUCAGCCAGAGAAAUUCGAAGAUAUAUGGAACAUACGAGGUCUCCUCAGUAACGCAUACCAUAAGAUCAAAGUACAUAUUUCUCAUUAGUUCUAGACUUUCAUAGGAACAAAUAGGAGACUUGUCUAAUGCAAUCGCUUAGAAACCCUCUUACUCAUAACAACAGGAAUAUAACACGCAAACCUAGUUUGCGAGCCUCAAAGGACCAACUCUAAUUAUUUUACUUUUUUAUAUACUAGAUCCAAAAUGAACACUUAAAAAGUUUUUGUAAGUGUUCAUUCUUUAAGAAAACGUCAGUAAACGUCUCUUACAGGAGGGAUAUAAUGCCUGUUCUUUAGUACUACUGUUCUAAAGUAUUCUCUACGCAACACCUGAAACAGACCUUUUUAGAUGACCAGAUGUGCAUGUUGACCCGAUAUUCCACACAGUUUAAUUCAAAAAUUAUGAGUGAGAGGGUUUUUUUUUAUUUAAAUAACGUAUUUAUGUUUUUUGUGAUUCUCGAAAUAGCACUAAAGUGAACAAAUGACGCUUAGCUUACAUUUAAAAAAUGUCUGUUUUUGUCCCAAAACUCAUUUCUGUAGGUUGUCCAUGUCCGUAGUAAAACCCAAUCCAAGCCAAAAUAUGCCAAUCCAAUGCAAAUCCAAUUUUUAAAGAAUAACAAAACGAAAGUAUAUUUUUCAAUUAAUCUUUGUGAUACAAGACAUAAGGUACAAUUUUGGUUAAUAAAUGUCUCAAUAUAAAGUACUGUGUGUAAUGCAAAUAACUUUGCAAGUCGAAGUUCAAUCACCAGUAAGACUGGCCUUAUUGACAUAAAAUGUCUUCUUUCUUUAAAUAUACUAUAAAGACAUAUUUUUAUAUUUAUGAGGUGACUAUCAAUACCAUAAAAGUCAUUGAGCUAUGCUGCGCUGUGCUGUGCAACUGUUUUAGAGCAAUUUUUGAUAUCUCUUGAGCUGCGCGACUGAGUAUUAUGCUGUGCGACUGGAUCAGUAAUUAAACUAUUCAGUAAACACUAAAGAGACAAGUGAAUAUAUUAAAAAUAAUAAGUAUUAUACAUUCUGUAUUUGAAAUAGACGCAUAGAUAAACCAGAACCAACAGUUCUUUCUUUUCUUUCCCGCACUAAGAAAUUGAAUCCUCGUGUCGCGGGGAUUUAAAAAUACUCAAGCCAUAUGCACUCAGGACAAGCAUUCGUCGAUCACUCAAACAGGAAUAGAAACCCGCGACACGUCUCAAAAAGUUUGACGUGAUGACCUCGUUGCGCGUUAAUUUAAAAUCCUAAAAUGGGUAAUGUUGAUUUAAACUAAAGCAAAGCACAUCUAAGAUCAAAUUUGGUGUCAGCCAUCACCAUAAUUCACACAAACUGGAAUGAUUAUAUUUGUCCUGCUAGUUUUGUAUUCACUAAGAUGUUUAUUUAUCGCAUCCAGUAUAUUUUUCUCGUUUCCGUACCUAUACACAGCUAGACAAGUUGAAUAUAAUAAUAUCUUCGUUAUACUAUACAGACUAUGAGCAACUUUUUCAUCACAACUUAAACAAUUAAUUUAUUAUUUUAAAUAUAGUUCAUCAGAUCAUUGCAAUUUUGUAACUUAUUAUAUAUUUAUAAUUUUAGGUACUUACUCAAGAAUCAAAUGUUGUCAAUUUAUUUAGUCAGAAUGCUUUGUAUUUUUAAGUUUUUAAUUAUAUUUUUUGCUAUUCUAUAGCAUUUUCAUGUGA